AUGGUCGACUAUCUAGGAGCUCAACCGGAAAAGGCAUAUGAGAAGUGUUCCUCAACUAAUGGGACUCAUGUCAAGUUCUCAUUCUUGAAGAUCAUAUAUGACGAGCACCUGGAUGCGGAAGCAGAUUCCGAGAGCGAGGGAAAUGAGUUCUUUGUUCAGUACCACCAUGAGUGUGCUUUGCGGUGUUAUUUCAUGUUCUUGGUUGGCACGUACAUUUUUGUGGACAAAAUUGAAACCUACAUGGAUGUGGCAUACCUCCAGUACUUCAUGAAUUUGGAAACUGUUAGGGAGUGGAAGUGGGGGGCCGGUUGUUUGGAACGAAUCAUUUCUCGCUUCCCCCGCAUUCAUGGUAUUGAUCUUGAUUUGCAGUACAGUGAUGACAUGCAGAGGGUUGCCAUGAUGUAUCUUGAACGGACUGUUCAUGAUGACAUCAAUUGGAUGUCGUUCGAGGAUCACAGGGAGAUUAUCCCUUUCGACCUCCUCUCAUUAUACUCUGGGUGGUUGGCAUAUGGGACUAACAUUAUGGUCAGAUAUCUUCCAGAGCGAUGCAUCCGAAAGUUUAGCUAUGUGCAGACCAUACCCAGAUAUCCCUUUCAGGAUGCUCCCAACUCCACUGUUCGUCGGGAUCUCGAUGGCUUCUUUCAGGAUUUAGAGCAUCAAAUGGUGCCAGAGGAGUAUCAGAUGAUGUAG